AUGAAAGAUCCAAAUACCAAACAUUUUCAUACAAAUCUACCAUCAUUAACAUCAUCAUCUAAUGAAACAACAACAUGUUACAAGAAAAAUGGCUUAUCAUGGCAUGAUAAGAAUUAUUGUCCAGGUGCGUUGGUGAAAAAAAACCCUUUAUCACUUCAUCCACAUAUAGCAUUCGUGUCAGCAUUAAGAUUAGCUUGCAAAUUUUUACACGAUGUCUACUAUGGUAGCGGUAAGAGAUGGGCACAAAUCACAGGAUUUUCAGCAAAAGAAUUAAAUAUGUACGAAUGGUUUUUUUUCAAAAUGUUGGAUUAUAAUAUUACCGUUGAUAUGGAAACUUUUAUUAAUUGGUCAAAAUUCUUGCAUGAUAACAUUUGUGCAAUAUCAGACUCGACUACUUGA